AUGUUAUUAUCAAGUCAUUUCAUUUCAUCCUCCAUCGUUUGUUCACCAUUAGAGUAUUACUUCACUAACUCGCGUCAUAAUCAUCGUCAUCAUCAUCAGCUAGCAAGCAACAGCGGUUGGUCAUUUAAAUACAAUAGAGAUGAAAAAUCUUCAUUGAAUAAACAUUGUGUCUGGAGUCAACAUGAUAAACCUGUGUGCUCCUCUUGUUGCUGGUUGCUUGCUUAUGGUGAAGAAAAACCAUUUAAUUUUAUUCAUGAAGAUUAG